CCUCUGUUCAACACGUCGCAUUUGCUUCCCCACUAUAGCUCUCGAUUGAUUCUUGACGUCAAUCAAAGACAGAAAAUCAAUCUUAUUCGUCAACUAGUCGGAUUCAUUCUACCAAAGCCUGGCGUAUGCAACUACCCUAACCGCCAGCCUCCAUGGUCGUUAGCUUAUCAUCCCUCGAGGGAUAAGGAGACCACCUGCGUUUUGACGACAGAGGACUUCAUGGCGUUUACUCCUUCGGUGUCAGCCUUUUCUCUUCCACUGCAUUCAUGGCGACAACCCGUUAGUCUGCGUGCGGCUCAGUAUGAAACGAAGAAACGUAAAAAAAGCCUGGAUGAUUCGGGCAAUGCCCAUGCAGAUACCGAGGGCGAAACAACGGAUGCUGCAUCAGACAGAGCGCCCUCUGGCCCCUCUCUGACAUUGUCGCCGGAUGAAGCACAUCAAUACCGUAUUGCCGGACUUCCUUUUAAUCAAGAACUACCGGGCGGGGAUUUCCCACACGGCCCUGCCAAAGAUGCGAAAGCACCUCGACAGACUAAGGGCGAGAUUCUGAAAGAACUGUCGUCCUUAUCAUCUCCUAUCUAUCCCCCGCAGUCUGCUGCUCAUCAGGGUAAUCUUCGACACCAGCAUUUUGCCGUCCUCUCCUCUAUCCUGCACCGCUGCCUUCUCCAAAGAGAUUACAUUCGGGCUGGAAGGGCAUGGGGACUGCUUCUUCGCGAAGAGUAUAACGGGACUCCUCUUGAUGUGCGAGUCGAGGAAAGAUGGGGCAUCGGGGCUGAGAUAUUGCUCCGGCGCGGCCGUCAGAUAUCCGACAAUGCGUGUCAAGCAGCCAAUGGAGUCGCUCAAGCGACGGGGCCAUCUAAGCUGCUCUUCACUCGGGAAGGAUUCGAAGAUGCUAAAAACUAUUACGAAACGUUAAUCAUGCAAUAUCCCUUUCGAAAGGUAGAUCCGGAUGCUAUAAGCUCCUUGCACUUUUAUGCGGCCAUGUUCGGUCUUUGGGUUUAUGUCACUCAGGAAGAAAAUCGGAUGACUUCUCAAAAGAUCCUGGAGGAUCAAGAGAACUCGUCAGACUUUUCGGAAGAGGAAGAUGCAACGUCCGAUUUUGAUGGCCAUGGCGGCUCCCGAAAUAGAACCCGGACCCUCCUCGCAGAAGUUAAGAAGAACGAACUUAGCCAGGCUCAAAAGAUUGCGGCUAGAAUGGACGAAGUUAUGGUGUCUCCUCCAUACUCCGACUCCUCCGACCUACUCGAACUCAGGGGCAUGAUUGCGCUGUGGAUCGGCGAUAUGUUCGUGUCGUCCUUGCCUUACCCGGAGGAUGAGAACGAUGAGUACGAUGAUCACAGGACGGCGCUGGUAGACGACCUACAGGAUGAAUCGAUCCAGGUCAGACGAGAACAGAGACGGGCGGCGGAAAUGAGGGAAAAUGAGAUCGAAAGAUCGCAAGCGCUUUUUGAGAAAGCUAGAAGGCGUGGCAAAGGGAUGACUUCUACACUCGAGGAUUUUCAUAUUGAUGAUGAUAAUUUUGCUUCAAAUUGAAGAGGGGAUUCAUGUAUAUAAUGUUGCCGCAUACUAUUGCGAAAGAAGGAUUUCGGAGAUGGCUACACUACCAUUUCGCUUAGCCCUUGUUUGGAGGAGGAUAUGAUGCGAAUUUUGGGUCUGUGAUAUGGUUUUUACAUAAACACUAGACAGUACUGUAGACUAUCGAGAAUUAGUUUGAACAUCGCAACC